AUGCGUCGCUGGGGCACAGCGGCCGCGCUGCUAGGAUGGUGUCACCUGCGGCACAGUAGGGCGCGCCUCACGGAGGCGCACAUACGGCAUGAGGUCCAACAGGCCGUUCGCCGUCUUGCUGCAAGAUCCUCCCCGGCGUGGGUUCCCGUCUCACGGGUGUCAUCCGCCCUCUCCGACGAGGCGUGCGAGGCGCUGGCGGGGCUGGGGGGGCUGGCAGGGUUUUGUCGUCGUCCGGAGGAAGCGGGCGAGCCCCGGUUUGCAGUCAAGAUGGUGAAGGGCGUGCUGUGCGUAAGGCUGCUUGACAUCAAAGGGUCCCCCGUGAAACACUGCGUUGGGGAGGGAAGACGGAACGCGCUAACUGCAUCGGAGGAGCUACGCCAGACUUGUAGCCUCCUCCCUGACAAACCCGUCUCGUUGAGUUCUUGCCAACGUGCCUGGAAAAUGCCUUCCAUGGAGGCAACCGUGCAACACCUUGCGUCGAAAAUGCAGGGCGUGGAGCGCAUCCUGCGGCGUCGCACGUGUGAAUUCGCAAUGCCUUUGUAUGUGCAGGUGGGUUACCGUGGGAACCAAGCAAUCAUUGUUGGGCUUGGACCGCAACUCAUCUCUCUACUGGAUCAAAGCAGCACUGAAGAGGCGCAGCUUUGGGACGAAGUCACCUCCCCUCAAUACGAUCUCUGGCGUCUUUCACGCUACUUGCGCACGGAUGCUUUUGUGUCCAUUGGCGAGUUGCUGUCGUCGACUGAUGGUGUUCUCCAGACACCGUUGCUUCAGGUGGCCAUGUCGUAUCCACAGCGCAUUUCUUUCUCGCUGGGCCCCACUAUUUGCGUUGAAUCGGCCGAUGCGGGACGGUUUUACGUGAACGGUGACACCUGUAAUGAGAUACGCGAGGUGCUUGGAAUGAAGUUUUUGUUGUCUGAGGCGGAGGUGGAGCGGCACCUGACGUCGAGGAGCGAAAAACUCAGUGGCUUGACGGACGAGGAAUUGCAGGGGGAACGUUUAAAACUCAAGAAUAUGGCGCCGAUGCGUCGGCAGAAGCUGCGUCGGUCGAUAGUGCGGGAGGAGUUUCGGCGUCGAUUCCCACGCGGAAACGCCUUUUUGAACCCCAACGUGGUGGCGUUUCACAUUUACGACCAAAUGCUGCCGGGGGUGUGGGUAAACAACGCGAUGGUGCGCGAGACGCUGCUUCCGGACGGUGGCAAAGGCACGAUGCACGUUGGGGUUGACUUUUUUGAUCAGUUUCCACACCUGUUCAUUACGCAGUCUAUAACGACGACCUCCGUGAACGUGAUGCGGCGCGAACAAGGCAUGGAGGAUGUCCCGAGUGACGGGGAGAGCUGGAACCGUAGCGCCUUUAGCGAUGAGGAGAUCCUGCUGGUUCUUCUGCCGCGUCUCACCAACAAGAAGGAGGACUGGGGCGAGAACAAGGCCAUUGAGGUGCUGGCGGCACUCCUUCCACGGCACGUCUUCAAGUACUUGCAGAACCGCGGCGGGGCGAAGUCGCGAUUAGCCGCGAUCCUCAAACGCUACCCAGAGGCGUUUGAGAUGCUGGAUGCAGAGGAAACGAGUGACGACAAGAAAUGGGGAAGAGUACACUUGCGCUACGAUGGCAUCGCGAAGCUUGGUGCACAGCUUGUGAACCAAUUGCAGGCCGAUGAGAUGAGCACGAAGUUCACACAACAGCAAUCGAAGGAAGAGAAGGAAAGGGGGGACCAAACUGAUAACGAGGAGGCGGAGAGCAGUCGUGGUGGCGCUGCUGCUAUAGACGAAUAA